GCCGUCGCUGGUCGGCCAACACCCUCUACUCACCCAACUUGGCUCAUUUCUCAUCAACCAACAAACCCACAGGAUCAAGCAUCCGCGUGGAUUCACACCUAGACUUUGCGCAUACACUCCCCCCGCGACCCCGAAGCGUAUCGGCACCCGCCCCGACGUCAACGAACGCAGCAGCGCCGGCCCGUCGUCCGCCCUCCUCCCCUGAAAACCAAAACCCGACUGACUCGCCGAGUCUGGCUCGCCUCGCCACCAGCAAUCGUCGAGACAAACGACCUGCACUCGCGCGCCGCCCGGCUCCCAUCCACCACUCUCGUUACACCACCUAGACACCUAGCAUCAUGUCCCUCGCGCUCCCUACCGCCGCGGCGUCGUCGACCACGACGACGAGCGACAAGAACACGGUCGCGACGAGCAGCAGCGACAAGGACGCCAAGGACGAGCAGCAGUACGGCAAGACGGGCGCGCCCCCCAUCCGCCCCCCAGCGAGCGUGCCCGAGAUUACGGCUGUGCAGGGCCUUGUUCCCGUGCUCCAGAACAUUGUCGCGACUGUCAACCUCGAGUGCCGUCUCGACCUCAAGACGAUUGCGCUGCACGCGCGUAAUGCCGAGUACAACCCCAAGCGUUUCGCCGCCGUGGUCAUGCGUAUCCGUGACCCCAAGACGACGGCUCUGAUCUUCGCGUCGGGCAAGAUGGUCGUGACGGGUGCCAAGUCGGAGGACGACUCGCGUCUCGCGUCGCGCAAGUAUGCGCGUAUCAUUCAAAAGCUGGGCUUUGACGCCAAGUUUGCCGAGUUCAAGAUCCAGAACAUUGUCGGCUCUUGUGACGUCAAGUUCCCUAUCCGUCUCGAGGGUCUUGCGUUCAGCCACGGUGCUUUCAGCAGUUAUGAGCCAGAGGUGGGUCUGCUGGGGUGCGCAUCUAGGCGGCAGCUGACCUCGCAGCUCUUCCCCGGUCUCAUCUACCGCAUGAUCAAGCCCAAGGUCGUGCUCCUCAUCUUCGUUUCGGGCAAGAUUGUCCUCACUGGCGCCAAGGUGCGCGAGGAGAUCUACAUGGCCUUCAACCAGAUCUACUCUGUGUUGGUCGAAUUCCGCAAGGAGUCGUAGACGGCAUCACGACAACGAUGCCACCCCCAGAUCCCACACCACCACCAUCGUACCACUACCACCGCACUUAUACCAAUCAUCUGCAUCGUCGCCCGCUCUACAGGCUUCUCGGGGCCCUAGAGCGAGCCCGCCCUGGCUGUUAUCGUCUCGUCUUUGGUUGCCGACAAUUGAAACCGCGCGCCGCUGCGCCACUGUGAAGACGUCACCGUCGCAACACCACCACCCCCACCAACACGCUCACCCUCCACCACCCUCCCAUCCCUGUGUCAUCUCCUUAUCUCCUCGUGGACACCUCCCCUCCCCUGUAGUUUUAACGCACACACUGGCCCGCGACGUGGCGGGCCGAGUUUCGCUAGCGGCUCGUUGUUUCAUGGCAUGCAACCGUCAUAAAGA